AUGAAUGGGAACAACUACACGACUGAAUUUACCCUCACAGGAUUUACAGAUAAGGAAAACCUAAAGAUAAUCUUGUUUGUGGUGUUCUUUGCCAUCUAUCUGGUCACCAUGGUGGGGAAUCUUGGAUUGGUGGCCUUGAUUUACAUGGAACGCCGUCUUCACACACCAAUGUACAUCUUUCUGGGAAACCUGGCUCUCAUGGAUUCCUGCUGUUCCUGUGCCGUUACUCCAAAGAUGUUAGAGAACUUAUUAUCUGCAGACAGAAGGAUUUCCCUCUAUGAAUGCAUGGCACAGUUUUAUUUUCUUUGUUUUGCUGAAACUACAGACUGCUUUCUUCUGGCAGCAAUGGCCUAUGACCGCUAUGUGGCCAUUUGCAGCCCACUGCAGUACCACAUCAAGAUGUCCAAGAAACUCUGCAUUCAGAUGACCGCAGGUGCCCUCAUUGGUGGAAACGUUCAUUCGAUCAUUCACGUAGGACUAUUAUUUAGGUUAGCUUUCUGCAAGUCAAAUCACAUCAAUCACUUUUUUUGUGACAUCCUUCCAUUAUAUAGGCUUUCCUGUGUUGACCCUUACAUUAAUGACUUGAUGAUACUUAUUUUGUCAGGGUCAAUUCAAGCUUUUACUAUUACUGUAGUCCUAAUAUCCUAUUUCUGUAUUCUUUUCACUAUAUUCACAAUGAAAUCCAAAGAGGGAAGAGGCAAAGCCUUAUCUACCUGUGCAUCUCACUUCUUGUCUGUGUCAAUAUUCUAUGGCUCUCUUCUCUUUAUGUAUCUUCGACCCAGUUCAGCUAAUGAAGGGGAUAAAGACAUAUUUGUUGCUGUUUUUUAUACUGUAGUAAUUCCUUUAUUAAAUCCCUUUAUUUAUAGUCUUAGAAAUAAGGAAGUUACAAAUCUUGUGAGAAAGAUUAUGAAAAAGAUAAUUUUAUAA